UGUCAUCGGUAUCAUCUCCCGCCAUUUCCUUUGUGUGUGCUCGGGCCGCGCGCGUCUAUGUUCUUUCCUGUAGUUUUGUACUUGAUCUCCAGCUCCGUUCAACAAAACAAAUGGCAAAAUACUGCAUUGUGGAGUUCAUUGAGGAAGGCUCUGUGGAAGUAGUUCCAGCUACAUGGAUUGCAGGCAACAGGUGCUCCUGGCCCCUGGACCAGGUGAUAAAACACGUUUGGUAAACAGGUGUCAAGCACCUGGACGAGACUGGAUGACCUAGAAAAUCACUGUAAAAUGAGUAAAUGAAAUGUACGGAGAUGCUCGGAGAAAACUCGACCUUGCCCAGUGUACAUCAGACCUGGACUCUGGUCAGGAACCAAAAAAACGAAAAAUACAAAAGCCUAGUAGAUAUGAGGAUGAGGACUCACUAUACAGUCCACCAGCACCACCACAGAGUUUUCCACGAGCUUCAGCUUGCCACUCUAAUGGAGAACUUGAGAAAAAAAUGUUUUAUUCAACUUUCAACUCUUCCAUGGUUGAGAACCGAAAACCUGACAUCUCUGCAAUCGUGGCAUGGCCCGAAGACGUUCCCACUGCGUAUGGGAACAGCCUGAGAAAAACAGAAAAGAGGGAUUGUGGGGACCAGGCGCAAUCUGACAAACAGAUUUCAUGUCAAGAAAUGGAAGCAGCAGAAAAGGGGAUGGACACGGCUACUUGCUGUUUUCUGUGUUCUUUCCUCUUCCCCAUACUUUGGUCAACUUAACUGAGCAUGUGCCUGGUGGUUACCUAUUUUCAGUGCACCUUUUCUGCAAGUUAGCCGUCACUGCACAAGGCUACAACAGCAGCCAACACCUCCUGUUAAAAAAGUUAUUUCCCGAAGUGACUUCCAGCGUGAAGUGCUCACGCGGCUGACUGCUCUUCGUCUUCUGGUACAGCAGCAGACAGAGCUUUUGACGGUGCUUUCAACUAAAUACACAAAGGAGUGUGCCAUUCAAGAACAAGAUAACAUCCUCCUUUUCUUGAUGUUUAUCAAUGAUCUGCCAGGCUGCCUUCACUUCACACGUCUAUUUACGUUCUGACGACUAUGCCUGUAUCAGACAAUUCAUGAUGAGCCAGAUUCACAGGUUUUACAGUCCUCUCAGGUUGGCAUUCAACAUGUGGCAGUUGUCACUUAAUAUUAAUAAGAGUCUUGUCCUUCAUGAGCACUCAUCCCUUUCAUUUCCCCUACCAUUUUGGCAACUCCUGUCUCCAGCACGGCACCUCUUACAAGUACCUCGGUUUGCACUCCUAUGAGAUGUCCUGGACUAGCAAUAUUUCCUACAAUAUCGGCCGCGCAAAAAAAUAUUCUCGAGUAUCUGCGUCAUAAAGUCUCCUAUUGUCUGCAUUCAGUUAAAAAUAGUAUGUAUGUUACACUUAUUAGGCCUAAACUUGAAUAUGUUUCUGCAAUAUGGGCCUUGCUCAGUUAUUAUAAAAGAGCAAUAAAAGCUCUACAAAACACUCAAUUCAUUUAAACCACAUUUCAUUGACUACAACAAUGACAGUAGUGUUUCUCCUAUGGAAACCGAUCUGUACCUCCCUACCUUAGCUCUGUGAAGAAAGAUCUCCGGUCUCUGCCUCUUCUAUCAAAUUUUUAUAACAGACACUUGAGCACAGAUAUGUAAGCAGCUGGGGUCGAAACCGGAACUGAACCGUAACCCAAAACCGCAAAAAAUGGUUAUUUUUGUCGAACCGAACAAUUUUUCUCUCCCCUUGAACGAACCGGAACCUAACCAGAAAAAUAUCAUUCGGUAACCAGUUCGCCAGACGGUAAAAAUGCCUAUACCUUCCCAGUCGACUGCCGCGUACCAGCUCACUGCAUCACUCGGAAUCUUGCGGAAUUCACAGAGUUGACAAAUCGAUGAACCAAGAAGUGGUGAGUCCAUGCACCUGCAGCCCCAAGCAUGAGUCCUGCAGCCUCACCUCCGAAAGCUUCAGGACGUGCCUGUAAAUUUUUGUGGCUCGAGGUGUAAAAAAAAGAAAUUGCUACAAGAUGGAUAUACUUUACACUGUUGCCUCGGCUGCUUCCUGUCAUUCAGGGUCGCAGUGUGAAUGCGACGUAAAUUUUAAUAGUCCACAGUUAUAUCUACAAGCAACGCAGGCCUCUGGCGAUCAUGGGAAAGAGUUUGGCAUGUGGUCCAGAGCAUGUAAGAAAGAAACACAGGAGCGGCCUCUCGUCCUGUUUUCAACGGGGAGCAGCGUUUCGCCCCACGUAUGGUACUCUGGGAUACUCCAAUCUACCACGUGAUCGCUUUCUUCUCUUUUUUUUUUCUUUAGAAAUUGGCGAUAGCCUUUUGUAAUGGAGUGUAAUGGUAUGCUGUACGCCAUUUCCCAGCACUUUUCGAUACAGUAAAGGAUGAUCUGCUGUGAGGUGUAUGGCAAGCCAUCGUCGGAACUUGUUAUUAGUACGUCUCAAAUGUGGCACACUGAUUAGCACAGCACACGUAAACCGGUUCGAACUGGUAAGUAUCGGUUCAAACCUUUAUUUUGGUUGUGCUGAACCCGAACCGAACCGAUAACCUUGAACCAGAACUUGAACCGAACCCCAAAAAAUAACGGUUCCGAGCCAUGGUAAGCAUUGCUGCAUUAUUUCUCAGAAAUCAUUCCCUCAAGGUGGAGUUAAAACACUGAAACCAUGAUUACUUUCCUUAUUUGUGUCUUCAUUCGUUCUAACACUAGGCCACUUGGCCUAAUGUUAGAAUGAGCUUCCACAUAGCAUGGUCGCUAUCUGAGGUCCACUACAAUUCAAAAAUAUCAUAACCAGCCUUUUCUCUUCCACGCCAGCAACUGUUUCAAUGUGGUGCUUUUGGGUGCCUCUGUAUUAACUUUAUGCCUGACCACUAGGUGAUUUACUUUCUUCAGCUGAACAUUUUAGAGUGUUUCUCGGUAUCUAUAAUAACCUUAUUUGUAUGUUUAUCUUGACUUUUCCUACUUCUACAUUGCAUUUCUGAUUUGUCUUCUUUCUGAUCUCCACAAGUUGUGUAAGUGUAUGUGUGCCCGUGCCACCUCCAACAGUAUGCAAAACACAGACUGAGGAACAGACACUAGUCUUGUCUGCUCCUUCGUCCCUUUGUCUUUUGCGUCGUGUUUGCCUCAGUUAUGUAAUGCCCCUAUCUGGGCCUGAACGUAUGACCAGUGCAACUUUGGAGGGAUUCCGUAAGAGUCCGAAUGGAGUUCUGUACUUCCCCUCUUUCUUCUUUGUAUUUGACGGGCGACAUCUUGCAUACAAAUUUUCCACACUGCUUUCCUCAUUGGUAUUUUGUUAUAUUGACCCGGUGUUUCAUUCGUAUCGUGUCCACAUUAGGUACUUACGCGGAAGCUAGACGAAAGCUACCCUAUGCAGAGCAUACGUCCGACUUGAUUCAGACGCAGACAGUCGCCGAACGAGAAAGAAGCGUUCUCGACUAAUUAGUAGCAGCGAAUCGGAAAGUGACAGCGCAGAGCCACUUCUGACCCCUCCGCCAGUUGUCAGAUAUUCCCUUAUGAGAUCCAGGAUGAGAACAAACGAACGCAAUGAGCCAUUAGCUACAGCCUUUCAUGACGUGCAGCCGGCCGAUAGCAAUGUUGGGCAUAUGACUAAGAUUGUACAAACUACGCAAGCUGGUGGCGUUGCCCGAUCAACAUUGUGUAGAGACUUCACUGGAGAAGCUGUACAAAAGGAGCAGACCGGAAGCCUUGGCGAUUGUUUUUGUUCGGCUGGCUCACCAGCAAUGUAUGAUCAAAUUGGAGAUCCUGUAUUAACAGAAGAACGCAGAAGCCUUUCCCAGCCAUGUUACCGAGGGAGUGCAGCAGGCCUUCGAAGUCAAACUUCUAGCCCUCUCCAGAGCCAGCAAUGUAUGAGUUUUGACCGUCCCGCACAUUCUAGUGCAUCUUCCAGCACACUACGUAGAAGUGCCUUUGAAAACGUGGUGAUCAGGGUGCUGCAUGCGAUCCGCCUUACUCAAGAGGAUCAUUCAGCUCAGAUGAAUGCUCUGACGUCUGUCCUGGAGGAGCGCCCAUCAGUGACUGCAGCAGAAGAGCGCGUAUUUGAGCCCUAUGGAGAGCUAGAUAAGUUCCUCGAAUUUGACAUGACUCUGUAAGAUGACACUGAGAUGAAGAAGUUGGUGAGGGUCCAUCAAGAGCUAAUAUUACAUGGGUGUGCAAUCGUGGGUCCCGCUCAGUGCUGUCACGUAUUCUCCUUAUACACAUAAUGUUACACAGGGAUUGUUGACUGGAGUUUUCAGGGUAGUGAUCCAGCAUGAAUACUAGGUGCAUUCUUUUUGCUUGCACCCCGUGCCCUGGUGCGAGAGAGUAGCACCUCCGUAUUAUUUUAGAAAAGAACAUGUUUCUCCACUGCAUCUCCACAUUGUUCUUACGGUGUAGCUUGCGCCAUGCCUGCUCCUCAUCCCAAGAAUGCUGCACUGCUGAGAGAGA